AUGAAGUUUAUGAAGCUUGGUUCGAAGACAGAUACCUUUCAGACCGAUGGGAAUAACAAUGUUCGGUUUGUGGCGAGUGAAUUGGCAUCAGAUAUCGUUGUUAGGAUAGACGAUAUGAAGUUUCACUUGCACAAGUAUCCUCUCAUAUCGAAGAGUUCUCACUUACAGAAGUUGAUUUCCCUCGGUAAUGAAGAAAACGUAGAUGAAAUUCAAAUUUCUGAUAUUCCUGGCGGUGCAAGUGCGUUUGAGAUAUGUGCUAAGUUUUGCUAUGGCAUGACUGUUACCCUCAAUGCUUACAAUGUGAUUGCUACUAGAUGCGCAGCUGAGUAUCUUGGAAUGCACGAAACCAUCGAGAAAGGAAACCUUCUUUACAAAAUCGAUGUUUUCCUUACGUCUAGCAUUUUUCGUAGUUGGAAGGAUUCAAUCAUCCUUCUUCAGAGUACAAAGUCUAUGUUACCCUUGGAUGAGGGGCAAAAGGUCGUCAAUCGGUGCAUUGAAUCUAUAGCAAAUAAAGCGUGUGUUGAUGUAUCCAAAGUUGACUGGUCUUACACGUAUAACCGAAAAAAGCUUCUGGAGGAAAAUGGAGUUGAGUCAAACCAGACUGGAGUCAGAACUCGAAACGUGCCAAAAGACUGGUGGGUUGAAGAUUUAUGCGAGCUUGAAGUUGACAUGUUUAAAUCUGUGAUAACAAAUAUCAAAACCAAGGAAAUUCAAUCUAAUGAUGUAAUCGGUGAAGCCUUGAAAGCUUAUGCUUACAGAAAGUUGCCAAAUUUCAGCAAGGGUAUGAUCCCGUGCGGGGAUGUCUCGAAGCAUCGAUUAAUUGUUGAAACUAUUGUGAAAUUGUUGCCUGCCGAAAAAGGAAGUGUUUCGUGCCGGUUCCUAGUGAAACUUUUGAAAGCUGCCAUUUUUGUAGAAUCAGAAGAUAGGAUUAAAGAAGAGCUAGUGAAGAGAGUUGGUCAGCAGCUGGAGGAGGCUUCGGCAAAUGAUAUUUUGAUCCGAGCACCGGAUGGAGAGACUACAAUGUACGAUGUCGGUAUAGUACAGAAAAUUGUAAGGGAGUUUUUGAUGAAAGAUUAUAAUUCCGAGAUUGAAUCUGUUGGAGGCGGUGAACUUGAAGGGAUAAGAAAGUCAGGAAUUUUAUCAGAUGCUUCUAUGCUGAUGGUUGCGAAACUCAUAGAUGGAUACCUCGCCGAAAUCGCAAAGGAUCCCAAUUUACCACUGUCGGAUUUCAUUAAUCUUGCCGAGUUAGUUUCUGGCAUUGCUCGACCGGCUCAUGACGGUCUUUACAGGGCUAUUGACACAUAUUUGAAGGAGCACCCUGGGAUCAACAAAGGCGAAAAGAAGCGAAUAUGCAAGCUGAUGGAUUGCAGAAAGCUAUCGGUUGAUGCAUGCUUGCAUGCAGUGCAAAACGAGAGGCUACCAAUGCGUGUCGUCGUGCAGGUACUAUAUUUCGAGCAGGUUAGAACUGCCGCUUCAUCAGGCACUAGUACUCCCGACAUAACAACUAAAGGAAUCAAAGACCUGAGCAUUGGAUCCAACGGUAGCUCAAGGUCCGGAACAACUAAUCCCGAAGAUGACACGGACGCAGUGGCAACAGCCGAGGAACUAAAGGCGUUAAGAAAGGAACUCGCGUCAUUGAGACUAAGCAACGGAGUUGGAAACGGUUACAAAGACGGAGACGCUAAACCAAGCAUGGAUAAGGCUGUUAUUGGGAAGAUGAAAGGUUUGUUGAAGUCAAAGAAGUCUUUCAUUAAGCUAUGGGCAAGCAAAGGAGGACAUGGCGAAAAUAGUGGUUCGGAUUCAUCUGAGAGCAUUGGUUCUGCCAAUCCUGAAGAAGUUAAAUCUACACCAUCAAGAAAUAGAAGGCAUUCAGUUUCUUAA